AUCAACACCAACACCACUUUAAAUCCAAUAACGUGUAAAUCAUGUCACAAAACAAGGACGGCUGCUACACGCACGUCCACAUGCGGCAGGCGCGCGACGCGGACCUGUUUGAGGACUUUUGCAAGGACAAGCUCCCGGCCGACGACAUAUUUGUGCCGCCGCACCACCAGCCCAUCAACCCCGAGGACGAGGACGACGUAGUCCCGGACCAGCACGCCGCGUUCGGCAUCACAAAGGCCACGCAAAAGACAAAGGAGCCUGCCUGGAGGGACCUGGGCCUGUCGGAGCUCAUGACGCGCGGGCCGGCUGGUGCGAGCGGGAGCAACAACAACAACGGCGGCGGUGGUACUGCCACGGGGACGGGACCGGGUGGCGCGAGGAGGGCGGCCAAGAAGCUUGCGUUGCGGCAGCAGGGUUUGCCGCGGUGAAAGAUCAGGCGGGAUGUUGCGCAUGGGGGACUGGUGGUAGGGGAAUCUGGACUUGGAUUGGGACGCUGGUAACUGGUGGUACGGUGAGUGUUUACGUGGGGGUGGGAGUUUUACAUCAGUAGGCACACAGGACAGGUUGAUCGGGAGGAGUUUCGGUUUUGAUAUUAUGGGAAAAACAACAUGAUACCCUAGCUCGACAGGCUUAGCAAAUCCCAGUGGCCGUGCCAUCAUAUUCUGCGGUACAAUAUGACCAAUAUCGUGUCAUACGCCCCUCAAAAUUGCGACUGGAUGAGCAAAGAGAAAAAACAUCCCG